AUGUCUAUACCUGAAGAGACCCGCAAGAUCUUGAAAGAGUUGGAUUUGUCAUCGGACUUUCUUUUGUCAGAUUCGUCUUUGAGUGAUGUCCCCAGCGAUUUCGAACCUGAUUCUCCCUUGCCUCCGCCUCCAGUGCUUUUCCCCGACCAACGCACUCGUCUCCCGCCUCGAUAUUCAACUCCCCCGCCAAGGUCCCCCGCCAAAUCCCCCACGAAAAGUGCAUAUUUUCUCAACCCCGAAAAUGCGACUCUGUCGCGAGCCAAACCGCCCAAAGUCUCACCUUACUUCCCUUCGUUGUUAGGUGACCCUGCAUCAUGUCUUCCUUUUCCUCCGACCGAUGCCCCGUCAUUUGGCCUGAUUCAAGAACAGCUGGCACACAAUCCCUUCCGACUGCUUAUCGCGACCAUCUUUCUCAAUCGGACUCGAGGCGGAGUCGCCUUGCCUGUUCUUUUCCAAGUAUUUGAACGUUAUCCAACCAUUGAGGCGAUGGCCGCCGCUGAGCUCUCGGACUUGGUGUCAAUGAUACACUGUUUGGGCUUUCAAAACCAGCGGGCGAAGAAAUGCAUCAGAUUGGCACAAACUUGGCUUUCUGCUCCCCCGACCAACGGCAAGCGGUAUCGCAAGCUCCACUACCCACAGAAAUUGGAUGGCCGCGAUAUUGGCCGCGAUGAAUGUGUCGACAAUGACGACCCGCGCGCUGCGUGGGAGGUUGCACACCUGCCCGGCGUCGGCGCAUAUUCCCUGGAUAGCUGGCGAAUCUUCUGUCGUGACGAACUGCGCGGCCUGGCCACGGACUGGAAGGGGACUGGUGCUACCGCUGCUGACUUUGUCCCUGAGUGGAAAACCGUGCUGCCGCAGGACAAGGAGCUACGCGCCUACCUGACUUGGAUGUGGCUCAAGGAAGGCUGGCUGUGGGAUCGCCAUUCCGGCGACUUGACCCCUGCCAAUGACAAGGUCCUCCGGGCGGCGCAACGAGGCGGCGUGGCCCAUGAAGAACAUGGGAACUGGGUGUUGGAGACCUCGCCGACCAAGCCGACGAAUGGGCUACAUGCCGUGGAGUGA